GAGUCUCGAGCGAUCCCGGACUUCCUCGUUCAGUCAUGGACGUUACGCGGUGCAGCAGCUGAGCGCUCUGAAGUCAAACUCACGACAAACAGCGACUUUACAAAGUCCGUAAACAAACCAAGAUGAACGAAAAGGAAGCUGAAGAAAGUGCAGUGGUCGUGAUGCCGAAACAAGAUCUGAGCUGGAUUCCAGUGUUCUUUAAAAAGAGAGUGUGCACAACAUUUGUGGAGGACUCUUUCAGUAAUGGCGGUCUGUGUCAGUGUGGGGCCACGCGAGACUUCCACCCCUCAGUGGCCCUGGGUGAUUACUUCAGCACAGCCAUUGUCAGUCACUGGGACAGCACACAGCACUCCUCCGAGCAGCCCACAGAUGCCUAUGGAGAACUGGAGUUUGCAGGAGCCGGCAAGAGACACAGCUAUGUGAGAGCGUGGAUCAUAACCGCAGGACUGAGGGAAGGCAUCGGCAGGUGUGUAGGAGAGGCUGUGAGAGAUCAUGCCACUGCAGUGUCUUCCGUCACUUUCAAUAAAGUGGUUCCUAUAGGCAUUGCUCCCUGGGGUCUGGUACAUAACCGCCAACAGCUUGUUAACCCUGAGGGAAGUUUCCCUGCAAAGUAUUUUGUCCAAAAUGCAACCCGUGACUCCUGGUGUCUGGAUAAUAACUACAAGGCUUUCCUUCUGGUGGAUGAUGGGACCGUAGGACGUAAAGGUGGGGAGGUCAGUUUCAGAGGCCGUCUGGAGGAUCACAUUUCACGUCAGCGUCCAGGCAGUGCAAGCAUUGAGAUUCCUGUUCUGAAUAUGCUGAUAUCUGGAGAAACUUCCAUGGUGGAGGCAUUAGAUACCUCUCUGAUGAAUUCAAUGCCCUGGUUGGUCCUGGCUGGUUCGGGUGGGCUUGCCAAUCUUGUGAGUGACAUCGUGGAGAACGUGCAGUCUGCUUCAGUGCCUGUACUUGGAGCAGAGAAGGAGGAAGGCACUCCCAACGUGGAGCUUAGAGAACGAAUAGCCACGAAAGUAAAAAAAUACUUUCCUUCAGAGCGAGACAUGGACAAGCUUGUUGACAAGGUUUUAAGCAUCUAUCAGAAAAAAGACCUCAUCUCCAUUUAUCACGCAGAAGGAGCGGAUGAUUUCGACACUGUGAUGCUUAAAGUGCUCGUGCAAGCGAGUAAACAGCGGGUUUCAGUGUCUACUAAUCCCUAUGUUGAUGAGUUGAAGCUGGCUGUAACCUGGAACAGAGUGGACAUUGCCAAGAGUGAACUCUUCAAUGGAAACAUUGACUGGAAGUAUGAAGAUCUAGAAGAUUCCAUGACUGAUGCCCUGAUGAACAAUAAACCCCAGUUUGUGCGUCUCUUCAUUGACAAUGGUCUGAACAUUUUGGACUACCUGUCUUACGGCCGACUGGAGGAUCUUUACAACUCCAUCUCUGACACCUCUCUGGCCGGCACUCUCCUGCAGCAUCUCCUUGACGAGCGCAAGAACGAGUCUAGUGGUCAGACAUGUCGCGUCAGCGUUUAUGAGGUGUGUCAGCUGCUGGAGGAUCUAUUGGGAGAGGUAUGCCAGCCCUUCUAUAGGUCUGUGCUCAAAGUGGACGCAGCAUCUACCAGAAGAAAAGCUCUGAAGAAAGUAUGUGCGGUCCUAAAGGAGGAUUGCAGGUAUCGGAAAGUCAUGUGUAAGCACCCGUGGUUAUGUCUCUUCCUCUGGGCGGUGCUGCAGAACCAUAGUGAGAUGGCGAUCUUCUGCUGGGAAAUGUGCGGUGAGUCGGUUCUGACGGCUCUGGGAGGAUGUAAACUAUUGAGGGAGUUGUCUAAACUGGAGAUUGAGACAGAAGUUAAGCUAUCCAUGAAGGAGUUGGCCAUGAAGUUUGAGUGUAUGGCUCAUGAUGUGUUUAGCACAUGCUACCAAACCAAAGCAGGUUAUUCCUAUAAGCUACUGAUCCGCAAGUCUCAUCUUUGGGGUGACGCCACCUGUCUGAAGAUGGCCAUGGCUGCUGACGCCCGUUUUUUCUUCAGCCACGAUGGAGUACAGUCCCUGCUGUCUCAGAUCUGGUGGGGUGACAUGGAAAGAGGAACUGAGCUGUGGAAGCUCGUGUUGACAAUGAUCAUUCCUCCUCUCCUCUACACCAACCUCAUUGAUUUCAAGAAAGCAGAGAAUACAGAAGAGUCAGUGAUGGCACCUCCAUCCUCAGCAACAGACUGUCAUUACGGAGAGACUGUCUUCUCCUUCGCUGACAUCAAGCACCAUGAAGGCGAUCACGAGGACUCAAAUAACAUCAGACGACUGACAAAAGGUACUGCUAUAAAUUCCCAAUCCAAGAAGUGGCCCUUUUGGGUUUCCCGCUGGAAGCAGUACUGGUACGCCCCCGUCUCUUCAUUCAUCGGCAACCUUGUGAUGUACUUCGUCUUCCUGUUUCUGUACGCCUAUGUGCUAUUGGUCGACUUCAAGCAGCCUCCCCCCGAAGGCCCUGCCGUUUCUGAGUAUGUGCUGUAUUUCUGGGUGUUCACGAUCGUGUGCGAGGAGAUUCGAGAGACAUUCAUUGUGGGCAGUAAGACGUUUUCUCAGAGGUUGAUGCUAUAUGUUCAAGAUGUGUGGAAUAAGUUUGAUGUCCUUGCCAUCUCCCUCUUCAUCGCUGGUUUGUGCUGCAGGAUGUUCAGUUGGUCUUUCAACAUGGGACGUGGUAUACUGUGUGUGGACUACAUGGUCUUCACGCUGCGACUCAUUCACAUUUUCGCAAUUCACAGACAGCUGGGUCCCAAAAUAAUCAUACUUGGCAAAAUGAUAAAGGAUGCGUUCUUCUUCUUAUUCUUCCUGGCGGUGUGGCUGAGUGCGUAUGGAGUGGCCAAUCAAGCUCUACUAUACCAAUACGACCCAAGCCCUGAUAGAGCGUUUCGACGAGUCUUGUACAGACCAUAUUUGCAUAUAUUUGGACAGAUUCCUGUGGAAGAAAUAGACACUGGGAAGUAUUGGGAUAGAGACUGCACAGAUAAUCUGACACUGAUUAAUGAAGGGAAAGAGCCAUGUAGAGACACUAGCCACAACUGGCUUGUGGUCAUUUUGCUGGUCAUCUUCUUACUAGUCACCAACAUCCUACUAGUCAACCUGCUCAUCGCCACAUUCAGCUAUACCUUCUCUAAGGUUCAAGAGCGCAGCGACACAUACUGGAAGUUUCAGCGGUACAAUCUGAUAGUGGAGUAUCAUUCACGUCCAACUCUUGCUCCACCCUUUAUCAUCCUAUCCCACAUCAACCUCUUAAUCAAAAGAAACUUGCGCAAAGUGCCAUCCACCAAAAUCCACCGAUUUGCGGUGGAGUUGAAGGGUAGAGAUGCUAACAAGCUGGUGAAAUGGGAGACCUUGCAGAAGGAGAACUUUCUGGCUCUCGAGAACAAAAAACGAAGAGGGACAGACUCAGAGAGGCUAAAACGCAUGACUGCUAAGUGA